GGGCAAAUUUGUGCAAUGUGCGGCAGCGGGAAGACGCGCAACCAACGGAGAUUACCAAAGAUUUACCCAAGAAGAGCAAGUGCCCCCCGGACUAUUUACAGCAAAAUGCAAGUGGGAAUGGCUAACAUUGCAAUACAACUGGAAUAUUUUUCUCCCCAUGUGUCAAGCGAUAUCUUUGGUGGAGUUUCCAGAUGAACCCCAAAGCCCAGCAGUGAUGUUGACCAUGCAGCACCCCAACUCCUCAGGCUCUCCAGCCACCUCCACAUCAUCUUUCCUGGCCAACUUCACCACCAUUCUUCAGGAACCGGAGGUGGAGGCCGUAGUGAGGAACAGGACACUUCCACAGAGCCGCCCCAUUGUGGCGGGUCUUAGCAUGACUCUGGGCAUCCUUUUUAACGUCGUGGCUCUGAUCAUCCUAGCUAAGGCCUACAACCGCUUUCGACGACGUUCCAAGGCCACCUUCUUACUAUUUGCUAGUUCUUUGGUUGCGACGGAUCUGGCGGGACAUGUUAUCAAUGGAGCGCUAGUGAUGAGGAGAUACUCUGACGGUACUACAACAGAUAUAACAAAUGACACAGACGCUUCUUGCUUGUUUCUAGGAGGCUGCAUGGUAUUUUUUGGACUAUGCCCACUUUUUAUGGGUUGUGCCAUGGCUGCUGAACGGUGCUUGGGUGUGACCAAACCGUUGUUACACGCACAGUUAGUGACAACAGCACGGACAAAGAUAGCAUUAUCACUGAUCUGGUUGGUGGCAUUAUGUGUGGCCCUCCUACCCCUCUUCAACCUAGGGACCUAUACCUACCAGUAUCCCGGAACAUGGUGCUUCAUAAGGGUUUCAGAAGGCACAGAAGCGCAGGACCUUGCAUUUGUGAUCCUUUUUUCUGGACUGGCGUUGAGUUCGUUGGCUUCAGCUUUUGUUUGUAACACAAUCAGUGGAAUUGCGUUGGUGAGAGCAAAGCUAAAAAAGCCCACCUGUUCCAAAAGUCACUCUACAAGGUCCAAUGACACAGAGAUGGUGGUGCAGCUUGUGGGCAUCAUGGUCACAUCCUGUAUCUGCUGGAGCCCUCUGCUGGUCUUUGGGCUCAUGUCCGCUCUACGCUCCUACAGCGGGUCCCUGGACAGUGACAGGGCCACAUACAGAAGGCUGAUGAUCACGGGGGUCCGGAUGGCAGCCUGUAACCAGAUCCUGGACCCCUGGGUGUACAUACUGCUCCGACGGGCCAUCCUCCGUAGAAUUUACCAGAUCACCAAACGCCAGGCCAGUCUGAAGGGAAGCAUCUUUCGUUCGGCCCGGUGGGAAGCCAGCUCCUUCCACAUAACAGAGAAAAAUGUCAGUAACAAGCUAUAAUGGACUAUGAGCAAGCAAAGUGAUGUUUUUAUAAAUGUAGCACUGAAAAGUAACAGCAUGACACUUGUAGAAAUAGUAAAGUAAAGCCCAUUUAAAUUAUUGUUAAAUGUUUUGUGUUAAAUCAGUCUGAGAUAUUAAGCAUCCCAUUUUUUAAGAUCCUCUAGUGCACACACAC